CUGGUGAUUCCCCAAGUUUUACCGAUGGUGGAGAGACCUGUGUAUAAACAACACAGAUUUCUCCUCUGUCAGCUCCUGCACACUGCUUUGUAUGGCUCUGCAUUCAGAGCCAUACAAGCAGUGUGCAUACAGUGUAAAUUACACACACACAGCACACUGUAAAACAGCACACAGUUAACCCUUUGAUCAUCCCAGAUGUUGACCCCUUCCUGCCCAGUGUCAUUAGUACAGUGUCAGUACUUUUUAUUAGCACUGAUCACUGUAUUGGUGUCACUGGGGAUUUCAGUGACACCAAGUCAGUUCCCCCCCAGUGUCAGAAUGCAGUCCCUACAGUCCUGCUAUAAGUCACUG